AUGCAAGCUCUUACAGCCCAUUCCGCCGCCAUCUGCACAAUCCUAUUGGCUUAUAAAAUAUCUUACAGCUCAUUCCGCCGUCAUCUGCAUAACCCUGCAAAUUCAUUGGCCGCGACACGUACCCCGACUAAGCAUACCUUUCCACCUUCACUAUCCCUCCCUCGCGGGCCACCCGUGUCCCGUACUCACUUCGACUCGCCCCGUCUCUCACAGCCCCCGUCUCUCACAGAACCAACCCACCCAUUUCCUCCGUAUCCAUUAUGCCACCCUACGCCCUCCCCUCCCGUCUCUACCUCGCCCGCCCGCGUCAUGUCCUCCACCCGCCGUUCCUUCGUAUGGGGCUUCAUCGCUCUUCUGCUCGCCCUGGCUUUUCUCCGCUCCCUCGCCCCCGAGCGUACGGAGUACGCCGUUAGGAACCUCUUCGAAUUCAAGGACCGCCGUAGUGGCCUCCAACCCCAGCUCACAGAAGUUCAGCGCCUGAAGGACGAGCUCCAGAGGGAGCGAGUCGCCCUCCAGAGGUGGAAGGAACAGCUUGACCUGCGAAGUCAAGCUCAGAACGAUACACACCACAACCCCCGCCCUGUCGUACGCCCAGAUCACCUCCCGGCCGCCCCACCAGAUGACCCGGACGCUUUCACGGACGACACCAACACCCAGCAAGGUCGUGAGGAGACAGACCUAUCUACACCGGACAAUCACGAUCCAGAAGACGAAUCUCACCCGCACUCAAACGAUUUUGACGACGUCGAUGAAGAUGCUGCGCCGCUGUCAGACGACGAGUGUCCCAUUAUUGUCGUGCCCGAAUCCUCGUCUACGGGUUUGGGCACUCAGAUCGAGCACAUCUGGACCUCUCUCUCCCUUACCCUUGCCAUCCGCAAUGCCUGCGUAGUCAUUCCCUCCGUCAUCUCGUCGUUCGGUGCCUCGCAGCCCGACCGCCCCGUCCCUUUUCAUCAGGUCUUCGAUUUGCCAGAGCUGGCGCGCACAGGCGUGCGCUUUGUCCCGCUGCGGACUUGCCAGGAGAAUGGCAUGACCAACGUGUUUGACGACAGAGGUGCCGAGUCGGCUAUUGUUAAAAACUUUGCGUUGUAUGUCAAGGAGAGUCAUCCUAAUCUUGCGAAAAACACUACUCUUGUGCGGGCUGACUCGAAGGGGUACCGGUUUUUAAAAUCCAAACUCGUUAACUAUGACGUCAACGUUGUUGCUGAGUAUAUGCGAGACAAGCUCCCAGAAGAACCCGGAAGACAUUGCGUCGGAGUGGGCCUUAUGCGAGCUCCGAUAGCGAUCAAUCCUGACGUACUGGCACACUUCUUCCCGGCAAAGCACAUUUCUGAUUACAUUGAUGAGAGGUUUCCUGCAUUGAACACGACACUCUUCGUUAAGCUCCGGUGGAGCAGCACAACAUGCGACAAAGCACACACAAAGAACGGAACUGUUUGCAUUUUCUUAGACAGCAUCGUGCCUGUUCAAACUUAUGUGAAUGCAAUUGCCCACGCUGCAGAUAUGAUAGGAGCAACUGCUAUCUACUUGGCAGUCCCAUUGCAUGUUCCUGACGAUGUUACUGAAUACAUUGCCGAGCACCUUAACGUUAUGGACCCAGUCCUGCUGGAGGUGGGGGGCGAUCUCUUUACUGCAAAUACCCUCGAAAGGGAAUUAGCCGUGAGGUCGGUUGGUUUUGUGCCUGAUGGAGGAGCGUGGGGCAAUUGCGUACAAAAGACGAGACAAUCGCAUUUCCCACACGCAUACGACGAGAACAUCGAUUCUAUCACGAUGAUUCAGAAUUGGAAAGACGCGGGGUCUCCAACGGCCUCAUCGCUCCUUAGAGAUGGUGUGGUCAAGCAACAGCACACCAAUACGCACAAGCCACAAGCUGCCUCAGUUGCACCGGUUCAAAGCGUUAAUGACGAAGAUCCAAUACAUGCCGAAAGCUCUAAGCGCGGUCAGCCUGUCCCUGUGAAAAGGAAUAAUGGCGGUGAGAAGAAAGGAAACGUGAGUGAGGCACGCCAGCCAGAAGUUGAAGCACGAGAAAUGCCAUAG